AUGGCUCCCAGACUGCGCAACGCGCUCGGUCUUUCACGUCCAUUGGACGUCAGUGCCGUCUUUUACUGCCCCUCGUGCGCGAUCUGGCGACGAACAUUGUCGACGCGCAACCUUGACAAAGCCAACACUCUUCGUCGCAACGUCCGAUCCCAAAACACAAUCACAGCACCUGGUCCCCGGGGAUUUACAAGUUCGACCGUCAUUACUGCGAAGAGUGUUCCGCCGCGGUUCAAGGAGCUACAUGCAGCCCUCGAAGGGGUCAAAGAUGCUUCUUUGGAGCAAGUAAACCUCAGCCGUCUCCAACUCGCGCUACGGGGAUUGGAAACCGAGGCGCCUCUAAUCAGAGUAGCCGUCCUAGGUUUGAACGAUGCGACCUCCGCCCGAAAACUUGUCAGGCUACUGCUUGCAGACCCAUUGACACCGCGGGAAAACUGGGAAGACAUUCUCGAGUCAUACGAUGCCGAUACAUCUCGAGGGCUGUUGAUCAGAUACGGCGAAACUUCAGAAUCCAUUCCCAACGACCUACUACCGACGAUAUCAGUGCCGUCACCUAUACUCAAGAAGGGCAACCUGGAACUUCUUGUCAGCACUCUUGGUUCCGAGGACGGUCAGGACGCUACUACCUUCAAUGCCGAUACUUUCCUAGUCCCCACAGUUACCAUACAGACAUCCCACUCAGGUCGGCAUAACGUUGUUCGGUAUCCUGUACACCGCACCAUUGUGUGCGGAAGUGGCGUUGAUGGAUUGGUCUCGUACAGCACAAUGAUCGGGCGAUCAAACUUGAAGAAUGAGGUUUCUUCGAUCCGGGGAGCCAUUGAUCUGGCCGUCGCGGAUCAGAAGUCGGACAACGGACGCGUUUCGCUAGUUGAUACCGAUCGCGCUAAUGUGGCACUAAACAAAUUCCGCGAGUCCAUUGACAAUGCUCGAGAGUACGAACGUGGGUGGAAUGGUAGUGGCAUGCAACCACUUGUCGACUGGUUGGCAACUUCCUCUGAUACAUCGACUGGAAGCCCCAUGAGCCCGACGCUGCUUCCUUUGGUCGAGUCUAUCCUUGAUUCAGCCGAUGCCAGCGUGCUCGCCCGGGAUGCCAAGGCCCUUCACGACCAAACAGCUGGCAUAGCCCCCGAAGAGAUGCGAUCCAAGUUGGACCAAGGUAUCACGACCUGGGCAGAGCGUGCACACUCCGAACUUCGAAGCUCCCUCGAAGAAGGCCUCGCUAGCCCACGCUGGCGCGGACUCGCGUGGUGGAAACUCUUCUGGCGCGUCGACGAUGUCAGCAUGAUUACAUCUGACAUUCUAGAUAAGCGAUUCUUGCGUCGCGCCGAACAAGAGGUCAUCUGGACCUCGGGCAAGUACCAGCAGGCCGGCCUGCUUGAGGAACGCUCAUCUUCGAACACUGAAGACCUCGUUCCUGCGUCGUGGCCAACCCAGAUUUCCGACCUUCGCACUAAACUUCUCACCACUACUGUUCCAUCCCUCCAGUCUCUUGCUCAGAGCCUGGUUCUUUUCAGCGUCUCUACGACUACGUUGACCUCUGCUCUCUCCGCUCUGACUUACGUGGGCAUUCCAUCUGCCGGUGUAUAUGAGUCAUGUACACUUGGAGCGGUUGGUCUGAUCUACUCUAUUCGUCGACAACAGAAGCGAUGGGAUGCCGCUCGAACCUUCUGGGAAGAGGAGGUGCGCGAGGAAGGACGUACCUCUCUAUUGGAAACCGAGGCAUCUCUUCGUGAGAUUGUGCAGACUGGGGGCCGAGCCGUGGAAGAUCUAUCGGAUCCUCGUCCGCGGGAGAGUGUCGCAAGAGCGAGGAAGGCCCUGGAGGGGCUUAAGGGCUAA